AUGACUGGAAAAGACAAAGAAGAUUCAGGAUCUAAAUCGGUUACGACCGACCAGAAAGCUCUUCACCCGAUUUAUUCGGUGACGAAGAUUCAAAACAAAGUUCGAACCCUAGACGGUGUCAAGGUUACCUACACUUCGUGGGUAAAGCUCUUCAAACUUCAUGCAAAAGGCUAUGAAGUACUCGACCACAUCGACGGUGCGGAACCCCCAUCAAAAGAUGACGACAGUUACGACUCUUGGGUCAAGAUCGACGCGAUUGUGUUGCAGUGGAUCUAUGGUACGUUGUCCGAUGAUCUUUUGGUUCGAAUCCUCGACUAUGAAACCACAGCCCAGCAAGCUUGGAACAAGAUUCAAACGAUUUUUCAAAACAAUAAAAACUCACGGGCAUCGUCUCUUAUGCAUGCAUUUACAACAACCACGUUGGCCUCCUGUUCGUCGCUCAAUGAUUACUUUCAAAAGCUCAAAGACAUCGCCGAACAACUCAGCGAUGUAGACCAAUCCGUCACAGAAUCAAGACUUGUGCUUCAAAUGGUUCAAGGCCUUCCACCGGAGUUUGAUACCACUGCCCAGUUCAUCAAUCAGUCCAACACUACGUGGGAUGAUGCUCGGGAUAUGAUCGACCGGGAACAGCGCAGAUAA